AUGAAAAUGCUCAUCAGGACAGUUCGGUCUAAGAAACAAGCGGCAUUAUCGCUUUUAAAACACGCUCAGAAACACCCCCCUGCUUGUCCUUGCCAUGGGUGUACUGGCAAAGCAGUUGGUGCUGGAUUGAAGUCUGCUGCCAGUACCAUGUUGGCUCAGCGAGCUUUUGGCGCUUCGAGAAAUGCUGUCGAGGCGGAUUAUGCAUUUGAAAUGAGUUUUAGUAGCAUUCGAUAUGGUUUAGGAGUGACUCGUGAAGUCGGCUAUGAUUUCAAGCACUUGGGUGCAGACAAAGUAGCAUUGUUUACAGACAAAAAUUUACUGGAUAAAACGGCUGUUAAAGCUGCUGUUGAAUCUCUGGACUCGCAAGGAAUCAAAUAUGAAAUUUACUCGGAUGUUAUUGUCGAGCCCAAAGAUCACGGCAUUCGUCAUGCCAUAGAUUGGGCCCGUCAACAUCAGCCUAAUGCUUACUUGGCAGUAGGUGGUGGUUCCGUCAUGGAUACCGCCAAGAUCGCCAAUCUAUUCCAAACUUAUCCUGAAGCUGAUUUAAUGGACUUUGUCAAUGCUCCUGUUGGUAAAGGCAUGCCCGUGGAGCGCCAAGUGUUUCCACUAAUUGCAGUUCCUACUACCGCAGGUACUGGAUCCGAGACUACUGGUACUGCUAUCUUUGAUUUGACCAGUCAGAAAUCCAAGACCGGUAUCGCAUCUCGUGCGAUUAAACCCAUUCUCGGUAUGGUUGAUCCAUUGAAUGCUAGUACCAUGCCAGCGUCUGUCAAGGCAUCGUCUGGUCUUGACGUAUUGUGUCAUGCUCUUGAGUCUUAUACCACUAUUCCAUAUAACCAGCGUACUCCUCGCCCCAAGGAUCCAAUUUUACGUCCAGCAUACCAAGGAGCCAACCCUAUUUCAGACAUUUUUUGUACUGCUGCCAUGAAACUCAUCGUAGAAUACCUACCUCGUUCCGUCAAGGACCCUGAGGAUUUUGUAGCCCAAGAGCAAACAGUCUUAGCUGCUACCCUUGCAGGUAUCUGUCUUAAUAAUAGUGGUGUACAUCUUGCUCACGGUUUGUCAUACCCAUUAUCCAGUCAAAAUAAGGGGUAUAAACAUUAUGGUUAUGAAGUAGAUCAUCCUAUUAUCCCACAUGGUGUCACUUGA